CUUGCCUGGGUGUCAACAGCGAGCCCCAGCGGCAGCGGGGCCAGACUUGCGGGCAGGGGGAGCGCGCCCAAGCAGGGGCGGCCUGGACCCCCGUAACUGCCGUGCUGGCUCGUGAGAUGCCUGGUAGCUACGGGCUGGGGAGGAGGGGCCAGGAGCCGCUCCGGAGUGCCUGUGAGUCUCCAGGCACUAAAUCUAAAUCUCCAGGAGACUGCUGAGAAACCGGGGCCAGAACUCCUAGGGCACUCGGAAAAUGAAUAGUGAAUGGUGAAUCCGAUUUAUACAGUAGGCCCGCCGGGGUUUUAAAUGCCAUGGUAAUGUGCAUUUUUCUGCCCAACAGGUGCACUGUGCGUGCAUUUCUUCAUCUUGUGUGAUUGUGUUUUGUCAUGACGUAAAGUCUGUGCACCGUAACUGAUAUAUGCACGCAGGCACGUUUGCAUUGUCUGGUCUCUUUAGUCUACGCUCCACUGCCUCGCACUUUCAGAUAAAGAGAACAGAAAUGGAUGAGGGUGAGAGCUCCUCGAAACAUAGCAGCUCUGAAGGUAUCGUAAAAAAGAAAAAAUACUAUUGUUGUUACAAUGACAACUGGUGUAAAGACCCAGACUAUAAAAACUGGCUUCGCAAAGUCGAUGAAUUUACAGCAGAAUGCAUUUUGUGUCGUCAAACAUUUUCCAUUAAAUAUGAAGGGAGACGAGCUGUUAACAUCCAUGCAGAAUGUACAAAACACAAGGAAGCUCUGAAAAAUCAGAAACAAACACCUCAGAUUGCAUCCUUUUUUACAAAAAAGGACGCACCUCAAGUAAAUCUAGUGACAGCAGCAGAAAUCGGAGAAAUUUACCAUGGUGUGGUUCAUCAUUUAAGUUAUGCUAGUCAGUGUGGUAACAAUAUGCUUCCAAGGUUUCUACCUGAUUCAGAAAUUGCAAGAAAAAUGUCUUGUGGACGGACAAAAGCAACUAGUAUUACUGAGAAUGUUUUGGCACCAAAAUCGCAAGAACUUUUGCUUAAUGAUCUUGAAUUAGCAGGGUUUUUUUCAGUUGGAUCGGACGCCUCUAAUAAGGGAAAUAGGAAGUUUUUCCCAAUAACUGUUCGUUAUUUUUCCAAGACAGAAGGGAUUAAACAUGGCUUGCUUGAUUUUUACCAUGAUAAUGACGAGACAAGUGAGGCCAUUGCUGCACGCAUUUCAAAUAUUAUAGAAGAAAAUGGCCUUAGUAUAAACUGCGUAUCAUCUUAUGUAGCUGAUAAUGCAUCUGUUAAUUUUGAGAAACAUAGGUCAGUUUAUCAGAAGCUUAAACAAUUGAAUGACAGAAUUAUUGAGGUUGGAUGCAAAUGUCAUGUAAUUCAUAACUGUAUUAAAAAUGGCAUGAAAGCUUUGAGUUUUGACGUUGAAAGUCUUGUCCUGAAAGUAUAUAGCGAGUUCUCUUCCUCUGCUAAAAAGUCAGAAUCUCUCAGGUCAUUUUUUGAAUUCGUCGAAAUUGAGUAUAAGGAAAUUCUGCACCAUGUACCAACUAGGUGGCUGUCCCUUCUGCCUGCAAUAGAACAAGUCCUACAAUGCUGGCCUGCGUUAAAGGCAUAUUUCAUAUCAGAGGGGGAAGAAGAAUGUGUCAAGAUUAUAUGGGAAGCAUUCAGCGAGGAUGAGCAGGAGUCUCUCCCUCUUUGUUAUGUUUACUUUCUGCAUAACCUGAUGGGAGUAUUUUAUGAAGCACUCAAAAAGCUAGAAUGCAAUAAUGCCAACUGUACAGAAUUAGAUUGUGUCAUGGAAAGUCUUCAUUCUAAACUAAAGAGAAGGAAAGAGGACAACUUUUAUGGAAGAUCAGUUCAGGCUAUUUUGUGCAAUGUCUCUCCAUCUAAUAAGAGGAAAUUUAAGGAAGAAGUGGAUAAGGCGUUUUCAAGAUGCAUUGCAUACCUUGAGAAAUGGUAUGAUUUCAAGACAUCUGUUUUCAAACAAAUGUCGGUUCUCUCACUGGACAAUGAAGUAAAAUGGUCUGAUCUUGAGAAGUUGGCUGAAGUUCUUCGCAUUGAGAUUGAUUUUGACAAGCUGUUUGAUGAUUACUGCGUUUUACAGCAAAUAAGAAGAGAAAUCAUUUCGAAGGAGCAAAAAAUAGAUCAACGAUGGGUAGAAGUUUUCAAACAAAUUCCAGAAAGUGGAAACAGCCAAAUGUUUAAACUUGUAUCUUUCACACUUUCAAUUCCAGUCUCAAAUGCGUACUGUGAAAGGGUCUUCAGCUUAAUGACUCAGCUUUGGAGCAAAGAAAGAAACAGACUGAGUGAAAAUGUUGUGAAAGCAGAGUUACAGGUGCAACUGAAUUAUAGUAUGUCGUGCGCUGACUUUUAUGAAUAUGUCAAAAAGUCCCCAGAGUUGCUCAAAGCAGCAAAAAGCCAGCUGAAGUACAGAUUUAAGAAGAAAAACUCUGAGCAAAGGCACUCUGCUACAGGAAACCCAACUUCUGUAAUUUCUACUGACUGGUGGGAGUGAGGCGUGUGAAGGGGAGAAGACAGUAAUUCAAUUCACCUCCAGAUCAGUGGAAUUUAAAACGCCUUCAGCAAACAACUAGACCAGAAAGGUAAACGAUGAGAAGAAAAUGCCUCAGUUAUCAGAGAUCGUUAAAAACAAGAAAGAAUUGUGUGUGUUGAACCAGUAAUGACCCAAACCCGUUUUUAGCUAAGUUGGCAACAGGCAAUGACAUCACUGGUUUGUUAAAGGGUAUAAAAAGACAAGCUCUUAGAUGGUUCACUGCUAAUACCUGCCUGAAGUUGGAGCCAACCAAUAUGGAUCUAAGCACUCCUGAAUUUACCCUGUACAUAUUUUGAUCAAAUGUUAUUGUUCAGAUACAGUAGACUACUUAUUAUUUAGAGCAAUUGUACAAAGACCAUUAGGCCUCUGGAUUUAAUAAAGAAAUUUCUGGUUAAAUGAGUAUCAUAGUAAUACCAUACAUAAAUAAAUUAACUCCAACAUUCUGUAAUAAAAAGUCUCCAUGUCCACUUAGUCUCUGGUAGUUACAGUAGAAAGGCUAAAAGAAGACAAUUAGCAACAUCUGGAACAGGACUGCCACGACCAAUUAAUCUACAAGUUACAAAAAAAUUGUUAGAAGGUACAUCGUCAUUACUACCAACCUAAGUAAGUUCAAACCAGUCACUUAGGUCCAAGUUCUGUCAUGCUGUAAACAGGCACACACCGACUAAUGGAGUUGCAUGCAUUUACACCAGGGCUCACUGUGACCCUUUGUGUUUAAACAUUAUUACUAUAUCUUUGAGCCACGCAGUCUUCACAUAACACAUUUUUAACUUUGCAAAACCUAUCAGGAAAACCAUUUCUACGUGUAAGUUGUUCUUUAUGAUUCAGAAUUGUAAAGAAAUAUGGUCAGCUAGUAACUAUCAUGAGGAGUUAAUUAAAUUUGAAUAAAUUGUCAAAUAUUUUAAUUCUCCCUAGCAGAGAAUUAAAAAUUAACUCAUUACGCUAAGCAGGCUCACAUUUAAAUAUACCACAACCCAAGUAAUAAUGCAUUAUGAAAGCAGCUUGUUAGAAAUACAAAAGAACAGUAUUUAAGUGACAGACACGUUAGUUACAGUUUUUUGCAGGUUUAAAAUUGAACAGUUGUCAAAUGAACAAAAUACACUUUGCAACAUUCUUUUAAUUAAUUAUACUACUUCAUGAUUUACUAGUAAAUCUACUGUGGCAGCGAGAAUACUUUUUGUAUAAGUCAGAGAGGCUCUAUUGUAAACAGAAGAUACAGAAUUUCAUAAUAAAUCUAAGGUGUACAGAGAGGCUAUUUCAAGUAUUUUUGGGAGAAGCUACUGAUAGACCUUUGAACCUAACCAAAUGAUGCAGGUUCUUCACAAUUUUAGUUUCUAAAUCUGAAUAAAAAAAUGAAGUUCAGUUUAAUGCAAUGUUAUAGGAUCUCUGCACUUUGAGAUAUUUAAAACACCUUACUUUAUGUUCAGUAACAGUACACAACUACACUUUAGAAGACUGGAAGGGCCAGAAAUUUAUUUCUAGAAAGAGGUAAUUAUAGGCCAUUACCAUCCUUCUUUUCCUAUACCUCCUUUCCUUCUAAAUCAAGGAUUAAAGACUAAAAAAAAGUAAUACAGGCCUGUACAGCAGGCACAUGCUUGGUAUUUUCAUUUGAUACACUAAAUAUGACAUGAGAAAUAAGCAAGAGAUUAAUCUUUGGGUGCUAUUUUUCAUGCGAUUGUCACCUGUGGUUUAAAAAAAGUCUAAAUUUCCCUAGGUUUUCAUUUUGAGUAUGCAGAUUAAGAUUGUGAACACAGUUCUGCAGUGAUCGUGUGUGGCAAGAAGUUGGGUAAAUGCCAAGCACACUCUCUGGUUGGCCAUAAAAUGUUUCUCCACAUUUCCCAUAAAUCAACUCUUAAAUAGACUGGUGAAAGGGGAAAGAAGAAUACUGCUGCUUUUUCCAAUUUCUGACCAGCAAAAGUAGCACAUUACUUCAGAGUUAAAAUGACUCAGACAUUGUCUUACUUCAGCACUUGUUAACCACUAUCCUGAUGUAGUCAUGAGGACUGAGCCAGAGUGCUGACAGUCAUGAAUGUAAAGUUCCAUAAAUCACAUCUACCCACACCCCAUUGGCAGCUU